UAUAAUCUUUGCAUUGCUUUCUUUCUCUCCUUUUUCUCAUUACUUCCAACCAACACAUUUUAUCGCUCCGGUAGCCGUAAUAAAACAUUCUUUCUUGGCAAAGAAUAUUUAGCCAUCCGAAUUUCACCCUCUUUCAUCAAUCUAUAAUAAGUGCGCAAGCGCAGGCAUUAUCGAUUGCAAUCUUUCUCUCACUUGCAGAACUUCUUUGAUAGAACAUCUUAAUCGCUCUUAGCGGCCUUUUGUUCCGUGUAGUCAUUCUUGACAGAUCCAUCUCUUGCAUUAAGCUCCGGCAGCAUUUAUCAACUUAUAGCAUAUCAAGCAACAACAAUCAUAUUACACUUUAUUACCAUCAUCAUCACUCCCUCCUCAAAUCCAUUUUCGACUUCAUUCUUUACAAUUACAAACAGAAAACACAACAAUCACAAACAGAAAAAACUUCACAACAAAAUGCGUUUCAAUUCUAUCAUCUUGACCGUCUUUUUGGCUACAAUCAUGAGCUUGCAGGUCAGCUCAUCUGCCGCUGAUGCAGGCAUCAACGGUAUGGUUAACGAACCUGUAAGCCGUUCACUCGAUACGGAAGAAGCCAUUGGUUCAACAUCACUUUGGAAACGAAACACUGGAAUGGGCAAACAACGUCACGUUAAAAGAUGCAGAGCAUCAAGCCAAUCCAAAUCUCAAUUCGCUCACAAGAAGGACGAUAAGAAACCCAAACCAGACAAAAGCAAGAAAAUGACAAAGAGUAAAGCAAAACCAGUAAAACCCAAACCUGAAUCAAGUUCGAAAGAACAAAAGUCUAACAAGGACAAUUCCGACGACAGUGAUGAUGACAAGUCCAGUGGUUCUGGCCCCCUUGGCAGUGUUAAAGGCUUGCUCGGUUUGAGUUUCGGUGGUCAAUGCAGCAACCCUCAUGCAUCGAAAGAAUCUCCCAACGGUGACAUUAACUUCUUAAACUGUGGUUUGUCAAAGAAUAAUCCCAACGGUAAAUGGUCACCACCCAACGUCAAGAUGAGUCAAUUGAAAUUCAUCUCUUCUUCUCAAGCAGCCAAAUCAGGUGUAUUUGGCGGUUGUGCAAAGUACAAAUCAGCAUUUGACAGUGCUUCAAAAUCAACGGGUGUACCAGCAGUCUUGUUGAUGUCCUUUGCCAUGCAAGAAUCAACAUGCAACCCUGGCGUGCAUGGCAAAAACGGUGAGAUUGGAAUGAUGCAAUUAACACCGGACAAAUGUAAGGGCAAGAAUUGCUGGGAUCCAACGACAAAUGUCAGGGUAGCCGCUCAAUACUUCAAAUCUCAAUUGGAUGGCUUUGGCGGAAAUGCUCUUCAAGCUAUUGGUAUUUACAACGGCUGGCAAAAGGGCUUGACCUAUAACCGUGCAACCAGUCAGCAAUACGGAUGCCAUGCACAGAACAAUUUAGACUACCUUAAUCAAUUGCUAAAUGGUUGGGCUCAAGGCAAAAUGGGCUAUAAGAUGAAGGUGUACAACAACCUUGGAAAAUGCUAAGGAUGGCGAUUUGCAUCUUCUUUAACUCUCUUUGACAUCACGUCCACAUUUGCUUAGUACUUUACUCGCCGCAUAGAUCUUUUGCCUGUCGAUCAGUAUGCACUUGAUCGUUGCUUUCUUCCCCCCCUCUUUAUGAUUUAUACUAUCACCCAC